GCCUAAUUACUAUCGUCAACCGCCCAGCUUCUCCCAGUUGCUCUUGACAAAGAAAGCGCAAAGAUGGAAUACAAACCCCAACAGCCGUCCCGCCCCAAACUGCAACCCCGUCUCAUAAUUCACGGCGGCGCAGGGAACAUCACCCCCGCGACACUCACCCCGGACCGCUACCAGGAAUUCCGCGUCGCCCUCUUGACCAUCGUCUCAAAAACCCACAGCUACAUGCUCAACCCCACCUCUUCCCCUUCCGCCAGCACAGGCACCCUCCCGACCGCGUUAGACGUCGCAACGCACGCCGUCACCCUACUGGAAGACAACCCGCUCUUCAACGCAGGCCACGGCGCUGUGUUCACGCGCGACGGCAUCAACGAGCUGGAGGCGUCGGUCAUGGUGUCGCGGGGCCGCGCUAAGCGCGGGGUCGGCCUGUCCGGCCUGCGGCGGGUGCGCAACCCGAUCCGGCUGGCGCGGGAGCUGCUUGUUCGCGGGGAUGCCGACUUAUGUCCGCCGCUGAGGAUUAAUGCUUUGGAAGGGAGGCAGAAUAAUAGUAUGGGGGAAGGGGAAAGAGGAGGAGAAGGGGAAGGGUCGGAUCUUCUGGAUGUCCCCUCCAUGCAAGGGCACACACACCUUCAUGGCGCCACAGCGGAGCAGUUGGCCGAGCGGUAUGGGUUGGUGAUGGUGGAGCCGGGGUACUUUUUCACGCAGCGGCGGUGGGAUGAGCAUAUCCGGGGAUUGGAGAGGGAGAGGAACGGGAGGGGGUUUGGCUCGUGGAGCGCGGAGGAGUAUCUGCCGCAGGGCACGGUCGGUGCCGUGGCUCUGGAUGAGGACGGGGUGGUCUGCUGCGCGACUAGUACCGGCGGGUUGACGAAUAAGCUGACCGGGCGGAUUGGCGAUACGCCGACGGUGGGGGCCGGCUUUUGGGCCGAGGAAUGGAUCGAGAACGGGGAUCCUACCGCAGAGUGGAGGAGGCGGCAGCCGGCUGUGGUGCUGUCAGGCGCGCUGAAGGGACUGAUGGCGGACUGUUUGCCUACGCCCGGGGUGUAUACCCCUUAUUCUAGGGACCGGCGCGAUGGCCUAGUGACGACGCGGUCGGUUGCUGUGUCAGGGACUGGGAACGGGGACUCUUUCCUUCGAACCGCGGCCGCGAGAACCGUCGGCUCCGUUGCGCGCUUUGCCGAGAAUACUUCGGCGGUGGCGUUGUCAAAGGUCACCGGGCCGGGUGGCGAGCUGCAAAAGAGCGCUGGCGACCGCUGGGGCAGGACUGGCGAGGGCGAGGGGGGCAUGAUCGGGAUUGAGUGCGUCGUCGUGAGGGACACGGAUGGUAACGUGGUCGAGACCCGUUCCGAACUUCUUCAGGACUAUAACUGUGGCGGUAUGUUUCGAGCGUGGGUCGAUGAGAGGGGUGUUGCGUUUGCUCGAGUAUUUCGGCAGGACCGGGAGGUAACUGAUCGAUAUGCUGGAGAGGGCAGGCCGGAAGACCUGCGGGCAUGGCGAGGGGAGAAGCUCGGUUAGACAUCAGACAACUAGACACUGACCUAGAUCUCGAGUGCUAGAUAGCGUU